AUGUUUGGAGCCGCCUUAAGAAUUAACACGAUCGCUUGCUUCCUCCAAACCCAGCGCGGCGUCGAUUCCUUCCGCCAAGCCGUGAGUGAUUGGAGGCCGUUGCUUUCCGGUUUCACUGUUUGCGCGGUUCAACGCGCCGCCACCUCCUUGACCCGGCGCGGCCGGCGCUCCCCUUCCCACGCCCAGUGCUUCGAUUGGGCCCGCGACGCGGCGCGGCGCGAGCCGGUAUGGCCCGGCCCAGCCCGCCCGCGACUUCCCUUGCCCUCCGCGACGGCUGGACACGAGGCCGCGAAAGCAGAUCGGCAGGAGGCGUUGCCAUCGAAAGCGACAACAGCAACUUUACGGGGGGGUUGCGCGCGUCACGCCGCUCCGGGGGCUGACGACGCCCCGCGUGGAGGUCAGCGCGGCCGGCCUUUAUCGCCGCUUUGUAAACGAUCGACGAAAUCUCGGGUCGACCACCAUCUCGGGUCUUCCCUCGCAGAGCAAACACGGCGCGGAGACAGCGGAACGUCAGCGUUGCAUCGGGGCAGCGGGGGUCGUUGGUCGCCCAGGCGGGUCGCCGCCGCCGCCGCAGCCGGUUCGCGACCGGCCCUCGGCAAACAGGCGCUCUGUUUGCUCCUAGACGCCGCGCCGCGCCCCUCCCCGCGAGAUGCCAAGUCUGUUUAUUUUGUUGGACAUGUAUUUUUUUUGCUCGCGACAGAGGGGUGA